CUUGCAUGUUUGCAAGAGAAUAUUUAUACGACUUAAAACCUUAAUCUCAUGAUCACAUCACAGUAACUUUACCCGUUUCUCUAAAGUCACCCUUCUGGAAAAAUAUUUUCUUAAAUGAGAUAAUUUCCGUGAACUUGUGGAAAAUGAAGUGACUUCAUUAAUGGGCGUCACUUUCCACGUUUGAGAAAACAAAAACACACCAAAAUAUCGAAAUGGCAGAUAAUUUUCCCUCUUAAUAUCUCCACAGCACUUUCUCACCCACCACCAUUGCUAGCUCUACACAUAAUUGAGCCAGUCUUAACUGUAUUGUCAUCAUAAUUUUCAUGAUUUACAAGACAAGAUGAACAAUCAGCCUUGUGUUUCACGUUUGUUUUUAGGUACCACAAUAUAAGUUGUGUCCAUAAAUACUGAUGAAACCAUGCAGAGCAAAUGCACCACAUCCCAGCACAAUGGCUUCUACUACUCUACCUUUGUGCACCUUCAAUUCCCCCUCCUCUUAUUUCUCCAAUACCAGCUCAUCUUUCUUUGCAAAAAAACCCUCUCAACUUUUGAGCCUCCACGGAAGAAGGCGUAACCAAAGUUUCAAGGUUUCAUGCAAUGCCAAUAGCACUGGCGAGCAUGACAAAAACCUUGAAGCAAAUCUUGAUAGGAGAGAUUUGCUCCUUGGUUUAGGAGGUCUCUAUGGUGCUGCUAAUCUUGCACCAUUAGCUGCAUCAGCUACUCCUAUUCCAAUCCCUGAUCUCAAAACUUGUGGCCCAGCCACGAAAACGGCUUGUCCAGACAAUCCAACAAUACCAUAUAGUUGUUGCCCUCCUCCUAUUCCAACUAACUAUGACACCAUUCCAUACUACAAGGUUCCUACCAUGACCAAGAUCCGUAUGCGUUCCCCUGCUCAAAAUGCUGAUGAGGAGUACAUUGCCAAGUACAAUUUGGCAAUUAGCAAAAUGAAGGAACUUGAUAAAACCGAACCCUUAAACCCUCUUGGGUUUAAGCAACAAGCCAAUAUCCAUUGUGCUUAUUGCAACGGUGCUUACUUAAUAGGUGGCAAACAGUUACAAGUUCAUAACAGUUGGCUUUUCUUCCCGUUUCAUAGGUGGUACUUGUACUUCUACGAGAGAAUCUUGGGAACCCUGAUCGGAGAUCCAACUUUUGCUUUGCCCUAUUGGAACUGGGACAAUCCGAAGGGUAUGCGCUUGCCUCCCAUGUAUGAUGUUGAAGGUUCUUCCCUUUACGACGAAAGGCGUAAUCCGCACGUCCGUAAUAGAACCAUAGUGGAUCUUGGUUCUUUCGGCGAGGAGGUCCAAACUACUGAACUCCAGUUGUUGACUAAUAACUUAGCUCUAAUGUACCGUCAAAUGGUAACUAAUGCUCCGUGUCCUCUUUUGUUCUUUGGUUCGCCUUACGUUCUUGGGAAUAACAUCGACACGCCGGGAACUAUUGAAAACAUCCCUCACAUUCCUGUCCACAUCUGGACUGGAACAGAGGCGGGUAAACCUCUUCCUAAUGGGGAAAAGUCAUGCGGUGAGGAUAUGGGUAACUUCUACUCGGCUGGUCUGGACCCGGUUUUCUAUUGCCACCACGCCAACGUGGACCGGAUGUGGAAUGAAUGGAAAGCAAUGGGAGGUAAAAGAAAAGACCUCACACGAAAAGAUUGGUUGGACUCAGAGUUCUUUUUCUACGAUGAGAACAAAAAACCUUACCGCGUGAAAAUCAGUGACUGUUUGGACACUAAGAAGAUGGGGUACGAUUACGCACCAAUGCCCACCCCAUGGCGUAACUUUAGGCCAGAAUUAAAGAAGGCCACGACUGGAAAAGCAAAUACAGCUUCACUUCCGACGGCGGGGAAGAUAUUCCCAAUAGCUAAGCUGGACAAAGCCAUUUCAUUUUCCAUCACCAGGCCGGCUACUGGAUGGACUCGAGAUGAGAAAAAUCAAAAAGAGGAACUUCUAACAUUCAACUACAUAAAAUAUGACGACAGAAAGUACAUUAGGUUCGAUGUGUUCCUAAACGUGGACGACAAGAAGAAUAUUAAUGCGAAUCUAAACGAGAUUAACAAGAUAGAGUUCGCGGGGAGCUAUACUAACUUGCCACAUGUUCACAAAGCUGAUGACACUGAUCAUACUGCGAGUGCUACUUUCCAGGUAGCCAUCACAGAAUUGUUGGAGGACAUUGGUUUGGAAGAUGAAGAAACUAUUGCGGUGACUCUGGUUCCAAAGAAAGGCGGCCAAGGUACCUCCAUUGCAUGUGCCGAUAUCCAGCUCGCGGAUUGUUAAUAAGUCCUGGCCCGUAAUUUGUGGGAGAAUUAGUCACUAUUGAAUAUAAUCUGCUGAGAUUACACUUGAUCUGGUUUUUAUUUAGUUAUUAAUAAAAAUGUCACCAGACACUUUAUCUAGUGAUUUUAACCUAUUAAAAAAAUGAUGGUGCCAGCUGACACUUCAAACGA